UGGCGGCAUCGACGCGGCGGCUGUAUCGCCGGCACGCACGCAUUUGUCGGAUAGUGCAGGCACCGCUGCGACGCACUCUCAUUGCGCCAAGUAGCUGGUGUCAGGCAAGCCGCGCGUGCAGUGCAGCCUAGCACAAAAUCCUCCUUAGCAGCAGGGAGAGGGCGGCGCGCCUUUAAACCGCCAGCCGUGCGCGCGUAGGAGCGCCACAAAAAAAAUGAAGAAGCGCGACCGGCCCAAGUCCGGCGGCGGCCGCGCGCCGCGGCCCGCCGCGCCCAAGCGCACGUCCUCGCAGACCUUCGCGGCGGACCAGGCCGAGGCCCCCUCCACGCCCUUCGCCUACGCCUUCCUCAAGGGCCAGAACCGCAACCUCUGGCAGAGCCACGCCCAGUACAAGCGCGAGGCGCGGUCCGAGCGCAAGGCCCGCGAGCGUGCCGAGAAGGAAGCAAAGGCAUCGACGGAGCGCGCGCAGCGCUUCGACGCGGCCUUCCGGUCGCUCGACGUCGAUCUGGCCGCGACGCUACGAGCCAUCGGCGAGGCGCCCAUGGACAUCGCGGGCGACGACCCCGAAUCAAGGUCGAAGCGGUGCCAGGCCGCCGCCGCGGCUCUCACGAAGUGCUGGGCCACGGUCUCCAAAAAACUGCCGGCCGGCGACGCCGCGAAGCUCCAGAAAGCUUUACAAGCUGCCGAGCAGGCCGCUUCUGUAAAUGAGCAGCGGGCGGCGGAGGCGUCGUCGAACGUCGAGCGCCUCGAGUCCGCCGUCGCCGAUUUAAGGAAGCAGCGCGACGCGGCGCAGAAGCGCGCCGACGACGUGGAACGGGAGCGCGAGAUCACGCCCGAGGAGGUGCGCCAGGCGAAAAAGGCCGAGGCCGACGAGGCGCGCGCGCGGGGCGACAGCGACGUGCGCGAGGCGAAGCGCGCGAAGACCGAGCCCGCCGCUUCGGAUCCCGACGCCCAGAAGGCCUUGGAAACGCAGAAGAAGCGCGUCGCGCAGCUCGAGGACCAGCUCGGGACCGCGACCGAGGAGAAAUUGUUUGCGAAGAGCGCCGCGGACGCCGCGACGACGGCCCACGCCGCGCUACUGGCCCAGAAGGCGCGCGCCGUCGCUACUGCGCGCAGCGAGGACCCCGAGACGCGGGCCAAGGCCCUGCGGCUGGAGGGCGAGCUCCGGACGGCGACGGCGAAGCUCGACGCGGCCGUCGCGAAGCGCGACGCGGCCCAGAAGCGCGCGGACGGCUGCCUCGCGCGGCUCGCGGCGGCGGAGGCGUUGGGCAGGGACGCCGCCGCGAAGGGCCUCGCGGACUGGCAGACGCGUUUGGACGCCGCGCGGACCGCCCGAAAAAAGUCCGAGGCCGCGUGCAAGCAGGCCACGGACGCGUCGCGGGCCCUCGAGGCCGCCUGCGCGGCGCUACGCGGCGCCGCGCAGACCGCCCAUCAGUUGGUCGAGGAGGAGCGGCGGCUGCGCAAGGGCGCCGAGGACCAGGUCAAGCGCUUGGCCGCGCGGGCCCAGGCCGCCGCGAAGCCGGAGGAGGGCGAGGCUUCUGAGGAUGCGCGGGGCGUCGACGAGCUGCGGAGCGCUUUAGCUGAUGCGGAGGCCAUGAACGCGGCGCUCCUCGAGGACGUCGACGCGACGGCCGUUGCAUUAGAUGAGCUGCGGGCGCAGAACGCGUCGCUCAUCGAGGGGAGCUCGGCCCACGACGCGGCCUGGCGCGCGUCCCUGCAGCAGGCGACGACGCAGCAGGCCGAGUGCCGCCAGGCGACGGCGGAGCGCGACGCCGUGCAGAAGCAGCUCGACGCGACGCGUUAUGUGAUUGCGGAGAUGAAGGCCCUCGUCGAGGCCAAGGACGGCCGGACGACGACUUUGGAAUCGAACGGCGAGGACGCGGCGCGGCGGCUCGAGGCGCGGGAAGCAGAAGUUGUGGAAUUGAAGGGUAUCGCCGAGGGCGCGGAGAUGCGGGCCGCGGCCGCGACGAAGGACCGCGACGCCAUGAAGGCGCGGCUCGAGACGGUCGACGGCGACUUAUCUGGACGGUUGGCGGACGCGGAGCGACGGGUCUUGGGGGAGAAGGAGCGCGCGGGCCGCGCCGAGCGCCAAAAUACGAAGCUGCAGGGCGCGCUCGACGCGGCGCAGCGCGACGUCAAGCGCCUCCGGGCGCACGCGGCGCAAGCCGGCGACGACAUCGACAAGUCGCUGCUGCGCGAGGCCCAGGCGAAGCUGCGGUGCAGCGUCUGCGACGACCGCGAGAAGACGACGUGCCUGAUCCGAUGCAUGCACACAUUCUGCCGCGAGUGCGUCCAGAAGAACAUCGACAACCGGUCGCGCAAGUGCCCGGCCUGCGGCGAGCGGUUCGGCAAGGACGACGUGAAGGACAUCUACCUCGUGACCUAGGGGUUUCUUUUCGGUGACUUAAGUAUCCUUGCCGAGUA